UUCUUACCUCUCCUCCUCUCUCGUGAAGCCCGAGGGUUUCAUCGUACACGUCUUCGUCGCGGAACAUUUAAAGAUCGCCUGACACCACGACAUAAAAUCUUAAGAACUUUUCAAGAUUAACGAUUAUCCGUGUAGUUUUCCAAAAAAGGGGCAAGGUCUAUCUGGUUUUUUUAAUGGAAAAACUGUGACAUAUCGAACUAAUUCUCCAAAUGUCUACGUAUGUGUAAAUAUAACAGUUCGCCGGAUAAUAAUUACCUCCGAGAGAAAUUAGACAAUUGGAAUAGGUAUCUAAUCGACGAGUGGGGUCGGAACGCCCACGGAAACGCGUGAUCGGCUCCUCAUUAGCACCUGAGAGUUGUGCACGGCCAAACAAGGCGACACGUUCGCUAUACGGUUAGGUGUGUAUCUACGGAAGAGCACAGAGCAUACGUACAUACACGUAUAUUUGUACUUGUAUAAUAUAAUCGAGUAGCAAGGCAUCCCAAUAGUGUUGAAAUCGGGUAUACGCCGAACUGUCUAUCGACGGAGGUGGAGGACGUCGCCGCUGAAGUAUGCGCUGUGGCUGCGGGACAAACGGUGGCACCAGCAACGGGGGUUGGUACAGAACUUCCAACGGUAACUGCGACGAUGGAGUGCGGGGGAUGCGGCGACAGGGUUCGAGAGCGGACCGUCCUUUGCGUGGGAGGACGAACUUGGCACUCGAGGUGUCUCAGGUGCUGUGCCUGCGCCCGACCCCUUCACGACCAGCACUCCUGCUUUCUCAGGGGCAUGCGACUCUACUGCCGGCACGACUACGCCAUGGCUUUCGGGGCGAAAUGUGCGAAAUGCGGGCGGAGCGUGGGCGCCGGCGACUGGGUGCGGAGGGCGAGAGAGCGCGUUUAUCACCUGGCUUGUUUCGCCUGCGACGCUUGUUCGCGACAACUUUCGACCGGCGAACAAUUCGCACUGCUGGACGCGCGGUUGCUCUGCAAAGCGCACUACCUAGACGUAGUCGAGGGAAAUAACACAUCCUCCGACGAGGGCGGUGAUUCUGAGAGCGGUCACAAGGGUGGCAACAAGGCGAAAAGGGUGAGAACGACGUUCACGGAGGAACAGUUGUCGGUUCUUCAGGCUAAUUUUCAACUGGACAGUAACCCCGACGGUCAAGACUUGGAGAGGAUAGCCCACGUCACCGGACUCAGCAAAAGGGUUACGCAAGUUUGGUUUCAGAAUUCGAGGGCGAGGCAGAAGAAGCAUCUCCACACGGGAAAGCUCAAGGGUCAGCAUGUUCACCAGUCACCCCCGAAUUCCGGAUCCCCAGCCGCCGGCGAUUUCGGGAGACACAUCAACCUUCAUUUGACCUACUCUUUCCAACAUCAACAACAUCAGCAUAAUCAACAGCCACAACUGAGCCCUGCUGCAUGCAAAAGUCCUACACAGUCACUUUAUCACAAUCACGGUUCAGAGCAAUCCAUGGACGAAUUAUCGCAAGAUUCUAUGAUGCUCUCGAUGCCAAACGAGGUCUGAGUUUCAGUUCAACCUAUGGUUUCAGCAUCGGUCUGCGACGUUGUAGCCGACGUAGAUCAAUGAUUGUAUUUUUCACAUAAAACUAACAUGUACAUACAAAUUACAUUCAGCAAUACGGUGCAUUGUACCUUCAAAUCGUCUACGCCAAGCCUCUCGCCAAUAAUUCGGAAAAAGAAAAAGCAAACACUGUAGAUAAAUGCUGAAUAUAGCAAAACUAGAUUAUUUUAUUUGGUUUGAAACUGGCUUACGUGGAAAUCAAAAACGCACGAAUACGUACUACAAUUCGAAUAAUUAUAUCAUUAGAAAGGGAUAGAAUCGCCUAAUGAAUAGUAAUGGAAUGAUAUUAAUAAUAAAAAUAAUCAAUGAUGCGAAUAAAUAAGGAUCCGACAUCAAUUUUAAGAUUGUUAUCAUUGUUGAGAUACAUUUCAGAUCCGGUAAUCGACUCGCGCAUCGAAAUACCUGUUAAUAGAUUCGCGAUUUCAAUCCGACUUGCCAUAUAAUUAUUAUAUAUUUAUAGCGUUGUACAGGUUAAAAAUUUUUAUCAACGACUUAACAAACUAAUGCACAGAUAUAUCGUGUUAUCGUAUACCUACAUACCGUAUGUAUAUGUAUCUGAAAUUGAUUAGCCAAUUAGAAUGAUUAAGAAAGAAUUAAGUAAUUAAUUGAAUAAUAACGAAUAAGAUUAAAAAAAAUUGUUUAUGUAAAUAUUGUACGAUAAAUCGAUUUACGAAGUAUAUGUAUAAUGCGUAUGAAUAUUAUAUACAUAUAUGUAUAUACAGAUAUUAUGUACCCUGGUAUAAACGAAUUAAAAUUAUUAUUGACGAAUGAUUUAUAAUAUGCCUCUUAUUGAUCCAAACAUCAAAAACGAAGGACAAAUUACAAUAACUAUUAAGGUAAACUAUUGACCCAAAUCGCGUUACGAAAUUAAUUAUUCAUUAAUUUAUAUCUAUCAUUAUGCAAUCGAUUUUGAUAAUUGACAACCUCGAUAAUUGACCAAUAUUAUCAGUGCGGAAGGUUGUUGAAAAAAAAAAAAAAAAAAAAUCACUCGAACGACGAAGAAUUUCUUUUGAAUUACGUAGAAAUAAUACUUACUGGUGA